GCCUAAGCAGGGAGGCCCAGACUUCCCUCUCCCCAGUAACUUGGGCCCGCUCCUUUGGGGUGAUCCUAAGGCAUUCCCGUGCCAGCCGUAAGACAUAGUCUCUCCAGCGUGUCCUGGGUCUUCCUUUAGGUCUUCCCCCAGUUGGGCAUGUCUAGAAAACCUCACCAGGGAGGCUUCCAAGAGGCAUCCUAACCAGAUGUGCAAGCUGGCUGCUCUUGAUGUGGAGGAGCGGGCCGCCGAAUCCGAGCCCCUCCCAGAUGGCCGAGCUUCUCACCCUAUCUUUAAGGGCGAAUUUCUGUUUGAUUACAAUUAAUACUCAUCUGCUGGUAAAAUAUUGUAACUAAUUAUAUUUAUUUAUAUGACUUUUUAAUAGCAUAUGAAUUUAUUAAGGGUACAAUCCCGCUAAAUCUACUGUGGAUGUAUCUUCUCUGUGUGUUUGUACUGCUGUAGCUAGUUGCUGUUAGCUUUUCUUCCAUCUAGCAAAAAUAGUUUCUGUUUCUAUUGCUUCUAUCUGACUCAAGAAACAUUGGUUUUUAUGUUACUUCCAAAUGGUGUAAAAAAAACAGAAACAUUUGACUGACCAUCUCUAUGCUGAAUUUUUCAGCGUUAAUAGAUGUAUUUGGCGAAUUUGAUGGAGUUUGAGUUCCUGUGCAAGUUUCCAUUGAAGAGCUGAAUUCAGUUUAAAUUCUGAUGGAACCACCUGAGCAGGUAACAGAGACGAGUGCAGGAGUCUUCUCUGUGAUGCUGCAGUCUCCUGGGCGGGGCUUCAUUUACUGAUAUAAGAGAAGUAAGGAUGGGUUGAGGGAGAACAUCCUGCUGUGAGCCUCAGCUCCUCCGUCCUCUGAUCUGUUGCCUCCUCCUCAUCCCUCUGGACCAGUACCAUGGAGAGCUCCAGGCUGCUCCACAGACUGCUGCUCGUCGGCCUCCUGUCCAUCCUGUGUCAUGGCCAGGCCACUCGGGAAGUCUCUGCUGAGAACUCUGAGAUGGACAAACCAGCCCCAGCCGCUGACAGAGACCUGCGUAACGUUGCUUCUGCUGCCAUUGUUGCUGCUCAGGUGGAAGCUCUGGAGGUUCUGCUGGGCCAGACGCGUGAUCGGACGUCUUCCAAUGAGAAAAGAGGGAGCAUCCCAGUGUGUGGGAUGGGAGACCGCUGUGCCAUGAAGUUUGGACCUCGUAUUGGGAAGCUCUGCGACUGCAGACGAGGAGCCAGCUGCAACUCUUACCUGCUCAAGUGCAUCUGAACAAUGUUUUCCUCCUUUUUGAAACAGAUUUAAAACAGCUUCCUUCAUCUGCUGCACAGUUCCCAUAAACCUGAAGUCUUUCAUGGCUUUUGAGCUGCUGAUGUUAAGACAGCUGUUGCCCGAUGAGCUUGUUUUUCUCCUGCCGAUACUCCUGGUGCAUGAGGGUGCUUCAUGUUACGAUAAACUGAUGUAUCACUUGGUCUGUCUGGUGUUUCUUUUCACGUUCCAGUUCAUUUAGAAAGCACAAACCGCUGUCAAGACGUUAAACGUUUGAUCUGCUGCUCUUUAUUUUAGUCCUUAUAUUGAACCAAACUGGAAAUAUUGGUGAAGUGAUAGAAAAUCUAAAAAUCUAAAAAAAAUGGAGUUCUUCACGAUCCCCUUGCGGACUCCAUAAUGUUAUGAAAAAGUUGCCUAAUAUUUCUUUAAAAAGUUGUCACCACAUGCCACACACACUGCAGUGAAUAAAAAUCUGAACAUUCUAAGGGAAAAUGCUGUUGAGCAUCAUGGAAGGUUGUAACCAACCAUCGUUCAGGUUUUUGCUUCAUCUGGACUGUUUCCAGGUGUAAUAAUAGAAAUGAAAGCCCACAGGGUGAGCUGUAAGCUGUAAUUCAGCAUCAUGUCAGGGGAAUAGCAGGUCUUUGAGUUGUGAAUAAAAUGAACUUCUGGGUUCUUCUUGGAAAAGACAUGACAGACAAAAACACAUCAUAGGAUGGUGACAUUCAUCCACAUGAGAUGUUGUGCAAGACUUGAACUGGUCUUUAUGGAGGACUCUAAUUUCCCUCUUGUCGUUCUGAACAUAUUCUGCCUCAAACAUCAGAGCGUGAGAAUUUUGGCCCAUUCAUGUUGCCGUUUUCACCCCAAACUGUGUGUCCAGCUGUGAUAACAACACCUAACAGCACACGCAGCUUGCUUUUGUCUUUUAACCCCUGUGACCAGAAAAGACUGAAGAGUUCAUUAAAUUGUUCUUUGGUGGAGGUACACUUUCAUUUCUUCAAACCCUGAACGUGAUGAGAUCAGAAAAAUCAAUCUCAUCACAUACUCAGAGUCGCAACAAACUACACACACCCCUGCAUGUUGGAUCAAAGCAGACACAUCUCCUUCAGCUCUUAACUUAAACCUCCUGAAGUUUCCGUUUGGUGUUUUCCACCAGGCUGCUGGAAAAGUAGGACCUCAUAAACAAAAAAUAAAU